AUGCUCGUUUUCAUAGCCGAAGUAGCCAUUCUGGUCGCCUUAUUUAUCGCCCUCAUUUACUUUGUCUUCCUCCUACCGCCAAAAUACCCAACCAACAUUCCCGCCGUUCCUUUUUGGGUUGCCCUUUUGCCCUUCUUCAAGGAUGUUGACCAAUCAGAUAUUUUCCGCAAGUACAUCGAACAGCCUCUCAAGACCCAUGGCGCCGUGAAGCUGUUUUUCGGAGCCCAGUGGAAUAUCUUGGUGCACAAACCCUCCUACGUCGCUGAGAUAUUCAAGGACGAGAGCAUUUAUCGGAAGAGCGGAAACCAGAAAAAGAUACCGCACAGUGUCCUUGCCGAGUUUCUAGGGGACAAUAUCAUUUCCAGCCACGGGGAGGUGUGGAAAACUUAUCAAUCCGUCGUGAAGCCCGGGCUGCAGAGAAACUUCGAGGCUGAGAAGAUCGCCCAAAACGCAGACCGCUUAUGCGGCCUUCUCAAGGAGGCCCAACUCCAAGCAGAGGAUGGGGGUGUUUCGGUGCAAGAGCUCUUGCAACGGUACUCGGUAGCCAACUGCUCUGAGGUGGUGCUUCAAACCAAUCUCGAUGCCUUGACUUCGGCCAGCGCGCCCAUCAACGUUUUGCAGAGCGCCGUAAAGCGCGAAAUCUUUAAACCCGUUUUCAUGAAUUUCCCGGUUCUUGACAGGUUCCCGUUCCCGAGCCGCACCAGGGCGCGGCGGGCGGUAGACAGGUUCAAGAACGAGCUCAAACGUGCCCUCGUGGAGAGCCAGGAGCGCAGCCUCGGUCUACCGGGUUUGGCCCCGACUUCUGACGGCCUCGGGCAGAGGAUGCUGGCUGCCAGAGAGUCCGGGUUGUGGGAUGAAAAACAACUGCUAGACAACCUCACCGUUGCCUUCGUGGCGGGCCAGGAGAAUCCGCAGCUGUGCAUGAUCUCAACGUUGUACCUCUUGGCGAAACACCCGGAGGCGCAAGCUGCGCUUUUCGCCGAGCUUCAGAGCAGCGGACUGGACCGGUCCCACUUCGACCCGGACGUUCUCCAAGAGAUGCCCUUUUUGACGUCGGUGAUCUACGAGAGUCUACGGCUGUUCCCACCGAUCGGACAGCUGGUUAAUCGCAAGACGGCUGAGGACGUUUUGUUAGGCGGUGAAAUUGUUAUACCCAGAGGAACUUAUGUGGGUUACAAUUGCUACUCGACUAAUAGGGACUCGGCUGUUUGGGGCCCGCGGGCCGACGAGUUCGACCCAGACCGAUGGGGACACUCGAUGGUCGCCAUUCAGAAGCAGUAUCGACUACGGAGGGCGAAAGCUGAGUUCAUUAGUUUUCACGGUGGUCGGCGUGCAUGCCUAGGCGAGAAAUUCGCCAUGUUGCAGAUGAGAAUCACGUUGGCAACCCUUAUCCGAGAUUGGAGUUGGACAUUGGACCCAACUUGGGUUGAUAGAAAGACGCCUCGAAAUCCAGGGAGAGGUAAAGUUCCUGCAGAUCUAAACUUGAUAAGGGUAGACACUGCCAGGGGCCAAGACUUCACUGGUGCUCGUCUCAUUGCCGAGUCGUGCAACAUGGAAGGACAAGGCAGGCGCCAGCCCGUUUCCAGCCCCUUUCGGUACACACCCAGCUUUUUCAACAACCUCACAACCGUUACCAUGGAGUUCUCUAACGAAGGACAAUCUUUCUACCAUCGUUUCCAGGGCUAUUUCCUCCAAAGCAGGGACGGGGGGCUCCUGCACAGCACUGGUCCUCGCCAGCAAUGGGUCCAUGACAACUGGGACGCAAUUCAGUCCGGUUGCCAGUCGCUUGAAUAUUCGAAUGUUAAGAUUUACCAGAACCGCCAGGCGGCCCAGAACAACAACAACGCUAUCAUGGUCAACAGUCAGCUGCCGCAUGCCAACGACAUGGCCUUUGAGGAGUUCUUUGUGCAGUUGGUCCUCGAUCAAGCGGAUCUUUGCAUACGCUCUCGGCUCUCACAGACAAGGGAAAACGAUCUGGUGACAGAGGAGAUUGUAGACCUCUUCGACGGCUACCUCAGGUAUCAGGGCAAGGACGAUAGGUGGGCGUUGGGCGGGCGGGCUUACUUUACCAAGCGUGUCAGCCAUUUCACUGGCCAGAACGCCCCCAUUGAGUUUUGCCUGCCUGCCUUUCCCUGCAAGUCGUCCAACGGCGACAAGGUAACCGGGUCUGAUCCGGACUUGGGGGAGGAGCUCGCGCUUGAGCGCCUCCACGGAUUUGUUGAGGCCGUCGAACGGGUGUACGAGCCGGGUGCCAAGGUGUGGGUGAUUAGCGACGGCCAUGUCUUCAGUGACUGCAUCGGCGUCAACGAUGCCGAUGUGGAUGCGUAUGGCGAGAAGUUGAAGGCAAUGAACAAUGCUGUUGGUACCCGUAUGGGUAAUCCCGACCGCGUGGGCUUCAAGUCCCUCGUCGACUUGUUCCAGCUUCUAACUGUUGGGUCGGAAGAGGGGCUCUCCAACCUCACCCGGCGGCUCAACAUCCCUGGUAUCGACCAUCAUGUCAACACCGAGGUGACCGAGGAGGCAGAGCUGUGCCGGCGGAUCCUGAUGGCGGGAUGCGGGCCGAGAAAGGGAGCAGUCCGAGCCAAGAUUGACUCUAAGGACCCGGCCAUCACGGCACUCUAUCGUGGUUUCUCGCGGUUCAUGCUGGAGGACCUGGAGCACCACCCACAGACUCAAAACAAGAGCAAGUCGCAGCAGAAGAAGUUAUCCUCCAAAGUAGCUUUUGAGAUGAUCCUGAUGCUCUUUCCAAACCACGUCCGACUAUCCAUUCACGCACACAAUAACGCUGGCCCCAAGUUCGGCAUCCAGCUCUUCGACCCGUCCCAGGUCAGAGCUGUCGAGGCCUUGUCGGCAGACGGCGAGCUCAUGGCUUCGCUCGACCUGCUCCAUAUCCCCACGCCAUGGCACAACUCGGUCGUGCAGCUGGCCGGCAGCGACGUAAUUCUCGUAAGUAAAGCCAAGCUCGCGAGAUCGGCGCUGUCGACGGGGAACAUGACGGGCGGACUGGUUGGAGUCCAGAGCGGGAGAGCGCACUUCACAUUGGAGAGGACAGCUACUCCUGUCGCUAUUGACUUUACCGAGCCGACCGGGCCUGCCGUACCCACGGAACCCGAACAGGAGGAGCGGGCAGCUGCCGAAAAGAAGGCUUCGGUGACUAUUACAGUGACCGUCAUGGUGGAAGAGGAGUUGAAGCGUGACGCUCCGCCCACAACGGCAAAGCUUCAGCGGCGUACAACUUUAUCAGAAAAGGCCGGCGCCGUUGUCGCUGCCGUGGUCCGGCGCAACACGGGCAGCAUGCCUUCUGGGGGGAAACCGUCCGGCUCAGCGAGCCACAGGUCCUGGUUUGGAAGGCUACGGUGGGUCUUGUCGCUCUUUUGGCCUCGCGGUGUGUGA